UUUCCAUAGUGCGUCUGUGUUUGGAUUUGUAGAGGGAGUAAUGGACACAAGAACCAAAGCAGCAAUACUUUACCUGCUGGUUGGAUGCUGGCUUUCUUUCUCGGUAGCUCAAAACUUAUGCUUUGUUAAUACUUGCUCCAAUAAUGGUACUUGCUAUAUUGAAAAUGGAUCUGACGUGUGUAUGUGCCCUCCUUCCUAUACUGGAAUGACGUGUGAGAUUGAAGUGGUGAGUGGCUGUCAAAGUACGACUUGUAAAAAUGGAGGCACUUGCAACGAUGAAGAUGGAGUGGUAAGAUGUGACUGUUUGCCUAUUUUUACUGGUCAAUUCUGUGAUUCGUUGCUCAAUGGCUGCGACAGUAAUCCUUGCUUUAAUGAGGCAACUUGUAGCAACUUCUUUGGUGCAUUUGUCUGUUCGUGUCCACCUGGCUUUACUGGCAGACAGUGUGAGACUGAUAAUAAUGAUUGUGCAUCUAAUCCUUGUGCUGAUGGAGGCACCUGCAUAGAUGAAGUGAACGGCUAUACCUGUGAGUGUCCGCCUGGUUUCACUGGUUCCAACUGUAGCAUCAAUAUUGAUGACUGCCGAGGCUCUGAUGUUGAAUGUCAUAACGAUGGAGAAUGUCUUGAUUUAGUUGAUGAUUACUACUGCGAUUGCACGGAAGAAUUUGGUGGAAGAAACUGUGAGAUAGAAUCUGACUGUCCACUUGAUAACCUCACACAAUGUGAAAAUAAUGGAUUCUGUCAUCGAAACACAUCCUCUUGCUCCUGCAUAACUGGUUAUACUGGUACCUAUUGUGAAACAGAGCUUAACGAAUGCGACUCAAACCCCUGCAAUAAUGGAACCUGUGUGGAUAAAAUUGGUUCAUUUUCAUGCAAUUGUUUUCCAGGAUACACUGGCCAGCAAUGCGAGGAGGUCAUUGAUAUGUGUCAACCCCAGCCUUGUUAUAACGGAGCAAUGUGUGUCUCAUCUAUCAAUGGUUUUGACUGCUUCUGUCGUCAGGGCUACACCGGGCAGUUCUGUCAAGUUGAUAUAGAUGAAUGCCUUAGCUCCCCAUGUCAAAAUGGGGGCAACUGCACUGAGAUGGUCAAUGGCUUCUCCUGUGGUUGUCUCCCUGGAUAUUCUGGGACUCAGUGUGAAAUUGACUCUUGCUCAUCCCAACCUUGUCAAAAUGAUGGAACUUGCAUUGCAAACGGUUUGACGUAUUCCUGUGUUUGCUCUUUGGAUUACACAGAUGAGAACUGUACUACAUUUAUAACCCCGUGCUACUUUGAGCCUUGCCUUAAUGGAGCUACCUGCAUCAAUGAAGACUUGGAUAACUACACGUGCUCAUGUCUACCUGGCUUCACUGAGGAAGACUGCAGUGUCAAUAUUGAUGAUUGUGGGAGCAACCCUUGCCAAAAUGAAGGCACUUGUAUUGACCUGGUCAAUGAUUAUCAGUGUGAUUGCAGUGCAGGUUAUACCGGCAGUGAUUGUCAAACUGAUAUUGAUGAAUGUCUAAUGACUCCUUGCUUUAAUAAUGGCACAUGCACUGAUCUGGUUAACAGUGUCAGCUGUGAGUGUCCUCCUGGUUUCAAUGGCUCCUUAUGCCAAAACAACAUCAACGAGUGCUCAUCUUCACCUUGUUCAUCAGGUUCAACCUGCAUUGAUGAGAUUGAUGACUUCACAUGCUUAUGCCCAAUGGGUUUAACAGGCACACAGUGUGAUAUUAGUAUCAUAGACUGCUCCGACAUGCCUUGUGGUAAUAAUGGAACUUGUACUGAUACUCCUGGAGGCUAUGAGUGUAGCUGCUCUUCUGGAUACACUGGAGUCCAUUGCAUGGUAAAUAUCAAUGACUGCUUACCUCAUCCUUGCAACAAUGGUACAUGCAUAGACGGUAUUAAUGAGUAUGUAUGUAUAUGUCCUGAGGAUUAUACUGGAGAUAACUGCGAAACACCCAUUGAUCAUUGCGACUCUAAUCCCUGCUCAUCUCUAGCUACAUGCAUCACUAAUCCUGGAGGCUAUCAAUGCAUUUGCCCCAUUGAUUUCACUGGCACUGACUGCUUUGAUCAAAUUAAUGAUUGUCAGCCCAACCCAUGCAACAAUGGUGGAACUUGCUCUGACUUGAUUGGAACUUUUAAUUGUAGUUGUCCCCUUGGUUUUGAAGGCUCAAUCUGUGAGUAUGACAUCAACGAGUGUGCGUCCCUUCCUUGUCUCAAUGGAGGAAACUGCACCGACCUAGUAAACGGAUACUCCUGCUCCUGUCCUCAUGGAUUCAACGGAACCAACUGUGAGAAUAGCACCAUCACUACAUGUGAAAGCGUUGUGUGUGAAAAUGGUGGAAUGUGCGAUGAUACACCGACUGGAUUUGAAUGCCUCUGUCCUAAUGGAUACACUGGGCCGUACUGUCAGAAUAAUAUCGACGACUGCUUAUCGAAUCCUUGCCUGAACAAUGCCACUUGCAUAGAUGAGAUUGCUAAUUACACAUGCGAGUGUACCGAAGGCUUUGACGGUCGUAAUUGUGCUAUAGACACUGACCUUUGUUCUCCUCAGCCUUGCUUCAAUGGCGGAACGUGCUCUGAAACUUCUGACUCAUUCUUUUGUACUUGUCCUCUUGGUUAUUUUGGUUCGCACUGUCAAAACACUCUCGAUCCUUGCUCUAGCAGUCCAUGCCUCAAUAGUGGAAUAUGUACUAAUGUUAAUGGAACUAAUUUCAGUUGUGCUUGUAGUCAAGCAUAUGGAGGGGAAAGGUGUGAAAUCAAGCUUUUCCCCGAUUGUUUAGACAUGCCUUGUCUUAAUAAUGGGACCUGUGCUGAGCUGGUGGGGUCUGGAAAUAUUGGCGGGUCGGGGGCCGGGGAGCCUGGUCCGAGAAUUUACUGUCAAUGUCCAUUGGGUUACGCUGGGGAGUUCUGUGAAAAUAUAACUGACCUUUGUGUUUCAUCUCCUUGUAAGAACAAUGCUACGUGUAUAGGAGACUCUGCUAACUUUACAUGCACAUGUUUGCCCGGUUUUACUGGGACGCUAUGUGAGACAGAGCUCACUGGUUGUCACACGGAGUUAUACCCUUGCUUAAACGGAGGAGAGUGCAUGGAGAUGGACGGACAGUUCAUGUGUAAUUGUGCUCCUGGUUUUACUGGCCCUCUCUGUGGCUAUGGAAUCAACGAGUGUAGGAACCAGCCUUGUCUUAAUGGAGGGACCUGCAGGGACUUUUUCCGAUAUUACGUUUGUAUUUGCCCACCGAAUUUCACCGGAACUGAUUGCGAAAGCAUGAUAGACCCUUGUACUAACAUUGAUUGUAACAAUGGCUCUUGCAUUGGUGAUAUGGGUACCUAUACGUGUCAGUGUGAUCCAGGCUGGACAGGACUACAAUGUGAAUCAGAGAUUAAUGAAUGCGAUGGUGUGGACUGUACUAAUGGUACGUGUGUAGACUUAAUCAAUAACUACACUUGUCAAUGUUCUGAUGGUUUCACUGGCCAGUUCUGUGAGAUUAACAUAGACGAUUGUGCUGGUAUUAACUGCAAUAAUGGUACUUGUGUUGAUGGUAUAGGCAGCUAUCAAUGUGACUGUUUAUUGGGAUACACAGGCCCUAGCUGUGAUACAAUCAUUGAUGAUUGUGCUGGUAUGCCCUGUAUGAAUAAUGCCUCCUGCAUUGAUCUAUUUAAUAAUUACACGUGUGUCUGUUCCGAUGGAUUUACUGGACGAUUCUGUGAAGUUAACAUUGACGAUUGUUUAAACAUUAAUUGCAAUAACGGAAGUUGUGAAGACCUCAUCAAUGAUCAUAUGUGUAAUUGUUUUCCUGGUUUUACCGAUCAGCGUUGUGAGACUGAUAUCAAUGAGUGUGAUGGUAAUCCAUGCAAUGAUGGCACCUGUACUGAUGGCAUUAAUAGCUUUAGCUGCUCAUGUCCACCAGAUUAUACUGGGGAUACUUGUGACACUGAAAUUAAUUUAUGCUUAAUGGAGCAACCCUGUCUUAAUAAUGGGACUUGUACUUCAGAUAAAAUAGAGGGAAUCCCAAUCUAUAAUUGUAGUUGUUCAGUGCCCCUUUACAGUGGAGAUAACUGUGAGCAGAUAAACUCUUGUUCACUCUCUCCUUGUCAGAAUAAUGCCACCUGUACUGGUAACCUCACCACUGGAGAUUACACUUGUCAUUGUAGUGAGAACUAUUAUGGCACUCACUGUGAGAGAUUCGACUAUUGCCACUCUAAUCCCUGUCAGAAUGAUGGUACUUGUAUUAAUGGCAGUCCUGGUAAUCUUAUAUCAGAUACGUUCCUCUGCAUAUGCAUGCCUCAGUUCAAUGGAUCUGAUUGCAGUAUGGAACUGUCUCCUUGCUCCAUUGAUCCUUGUAUGAACGGAGGGACGUGUGUGGAAGAUGGUAGCACUCGUUACUGUCAAUGUCCUGUUGGAUAUACUGGAAACAACUGCUCCGAAGUAUUCUCCAGUGAUACUCCAUACUUCAAUGGUGAUUCCUAUACACUAGUACCAUACUCCCCAAAUAAUAACAACAGUCAAUCGCUCAUCAACCUUCACUUCAGGACAUCAUCUCAAUCCGGCCUACUCUUAUACAUAUCCGAAGAAGACCAUUCAAGCUACCUUUCGCUUGGAAUUGAGGCUGGCCUCCUUUCUUUGAGGAUGAGACAAGAAGGAUCCUUUAUCCAGUCGGUAGCAAGGUAUCAUCCUGUCUCUGACGAUCGCUGGCAUUAUGUCGAGGUGACUCAAAAUGGCCUCGAAAUUAAAACUGAAAUUGAUGGCUACCCCAAUUCAACCUCUCUAAUAGAUAUGUUCCUAAUCUUUGAACCUGCUGUUACUUAUAUUGGCGGUUUUGAUAAUUAUACUUCUCUUCCUUCGGCUGUGCUACAAUCCUCUGGAUUCAUUGGCUACAUCAAUGCUACCAUACAAUUGGGAGGAGAGGCUUUGCAUAUCAUUGAUGAUUCUAUUGCUGGUAGAGAUAUUGCUCAUGGAGAGGCUGCUGGUUCCUGUGGUCCUGAAACUUGCAGUAAUGGAGGAAUAUGUGUGGAGGAGAGUCAGUCGUCUUUCUUAUGUCUUUGUCCUAUUGGGUUUAGAGGAGAUACUUGUGAACAAGAUACUGAAAUCAUUGUCCCAUACUUCAACACAAGAUCCUAUGCCAUUGUCUCUAAUGAUGCCUUCUCAUUGUACGGUGGUAUUGAUAUUGACAUUACCCUUCACACCAGUUCACCCAAUGGCCUCAUAUACUACCUCUAUGACUCCACCAAUGUCACUAAUGACUACUUUACCCUCUACCUGGAAGAAGGAGGUAUCGGUAUUGAGUACAGUAUGGAGGGUAGUGCUCACAUUGUCUCCUAUCAAGGAAACGUUAGUGAUAAUGAAUGGCAUUUGAUGACAGUCCAGCUCAAUACAAGUGGAUUAUACCUAAUACUGGAUGGGUCAUUGGUGCUCUAUAGCAAUAAUGCCACAUUGAGCUCUAUAUAUCUUACCUCACCAUUAUUCUUAGGAGGCCUGCCUAAUGGUUUAAUAGCUGAUAGUGUCAGUGGGUCAGGACUCAACGGUUGCAUACGUGACGUUCAAAUUAGUAACACGUCUCUGGGUCUCAUUGAAAAUAAUGUAUUAUAUGGAUUGGGUCUAUUGGAGUGCCCACAGUCCCUAUGUCCAUUAGUCCAGUGUCUCAAUGGUGGUACUUGUGUGGAUAGUGAUGUGUCUGUGUUUGGGUUUGAGUGUUCAUGUCCUUCUGGUUACAACGGGACAUAUUGUGAAGUCCUGCUCUCUACCUGUAUUCCUAAUCCUUGUCUCUUUGAUGGAGUUUGUACUGAUUUUAAUAACAUGACUUACUCUUGUCAGUGCACUUUGGGUAGACAAGGAAGAAUCUGUGAUGAAGAGCUCAACAUUACAGUCCCUGCAUUCUAUGGUAACUCAUACCUUGCCUAUAGCUCACUAUCCAGUAUAACCAAUGUACAGAGUAACCUGAUACUCUCUCUAACAUUCAAACCAACCUCACCCUCUGGGCUAUUACUAUUCAAUGGACACAGUAACACUGAUUUUUCUCAAUAUGUAUCCAUCUCGCUCGUUAACUCUUCCGUAGUGUACAAGUUUGAUUUAGGAUCUGGUCUUGCCACGAUAUCCUCUCCAAUAACACUGGGUCUGAAUCAGUGGCAUACCAUUACCGCUUAUCGAACUGGUAGGGUUGGUUUUCUACGAGUAAAUGACGAGGAAUUAUUGACCAAUACUUCUCUUGGUACACUGAAUGGGUUGAACAUAGCCGGUGACAUGUGGUUGGGUGGAACUGAUAGGUUUAAUAUAAUAUCACAGCAUGCUGGAGUAGGUACUGGAUUGACUGGUUGUAUUAGCAGUGUUAGUGUCAAUGGUAUAUCCAUUAAUCUGGUGUCUAGUGCGGAGAGAGGUCUUAACAUUGGAGAAUGUAACAUGACGUCUUGUUCCAGUUUCCCAUGCUUUAAUGGCGGGACUUGUACUGAGACUGGGUCUAGUUUUAUUUGUCAGUGUCCGGCUGGCUAUGAAGGAGGAUUGUGUGGUUUGCAAACUUUCUCUUGUCUUUCUAGUCCCUGUGGCAAUGGUGGGACUUGUAUUGAAGGAGUGGCCGAAGGAGGUUAUAAUUGUCUGUGUCCUCUUGGAUUUGGUGGCAAUAAUUGCAAUGAAAUGCUGCAAGUCAGUACUCCAUCAUUCAACCGAACCUCCUACCAGGAAUAUUCUUCUCCUGCUCCGAUCUCACUCAGUACCAUUAUCUCCCUCUCGUUCCAUCCCACCUCAUCAAAUGGGUUGAUCCUCUACAUUGGUGACGUCUCCACAACUCGUGACUUCCUCUCCCUCUCUCUUGUCAGUGGAAGAAUCCAACUACGCUACGACCUUGGCUCCGGCCCAGCCAUUAUAGCGAGCCCAUCCGUUAUACCGUUAAACCAGUGGACCAGUGUCACCGUCAAUAGAGUAAGGAAAGAUGGGGUACUGGUCGUUGACAGUGUCAGUACUAAUGGUAGUUCACCUGGUUUCGCUGGAUUGCUUAAUCCUGCCGGUAAUUUAUACAUAGGAGGAGGGGCAGGAGGAGUGGGAGGGUAUCAGGUAUCACCUAAUGCAGGGUCUCAUGUGGGUCUCACUGGCUGUGUGGAUACUGCUACUCUUAGAGUCAAUAGCUUUGGUUUAGGUGCUGUGAUAUCAAGCAGAGGUGUCAUACAGUGUCAAGUUGAUCCCUGCUCUCAUUCUCCCUGUCAAAAUGGCGGCUCUUGUGUCUCUAGUGAUCUCACUUACUCUUGUGUCUGCCCAUUGGGUUACUCUGGGGAUCAGUGUCAGGAAAUUUCUAAUGCUACAGAGGGAGCUGCUAUCAGUCAGUGUCCUACUAGUGUCGCUUGUAAUGUUAAUCCUUGUCUUAAUGGAGGGAAGUGUAUAGCAGUCCUGGUUAAUGGCAUUAUAGAGGAGAGGUGUCAGUGCUCACUGCCUUUCGCUGCUGGAGCAAAGUGUGAACAACGAGUUUCGUUUAGUUCUGCUUUUUUUGCUGGUGAUGGCUACCUUCUGUUUCCAGCUGUUAAUAUUCCUCUUAGCAGUAUUACAAUACAUACUGAAAUAAGAUUGUCUAUCAUUCCUAGCAAUGGAUCAGGACUAUUACUCUAUAUUGGCCAUGCUAAUCCAUCGACUGGUAAUUAUUUACUGGUUGGUAUGAACGAAGGAGUGUUAGAGUUCCGUUUUCAACUGGGCUCUGGAGUUGGUUUAGUUGAAACUAGCCAACCAUUAGCGAUAGGGCAGCAGCAUAACAUCACACUAUUGAGGACUGAUUAUAGAGGAAGAAUAUUAAUGUCACAAGGUAACACCACAGUGUUUACUGAUGGAAUGUCUCAGGGUUCAUCAAGACACUUGAAUCUUUCGCCGUACGACUUUGUACUGUUUCUAGGCGGAGCCCCAAAUGUUCCUCUCAUAUCUCAGCAAGUUUAUCAAACUGGUUUUUCAGGAUGUCUAGUCUCAGUGGUUCAGCUUGGCUAUUCAAUGAAUCCAGAGCCAGUUCCAUUUGACACUUCAUCAGUCGGGGAGAAUGUAACAACUUGUUCAUAACAGUGACCCUGUUUUUUAUGUUUUCACUUAUAACCAAUGUCAUAAUUUUUACAUUUUUAAUAACAAAGUUAAUUAUAGUGCUCAUUACA